ACUUUUGCUUACAGGAAAUCUUUUGACAAUGGGAGUCCCAGCGCUAUUUAGAUGGCUUGCCGGUAAAUAUCCGAAGAUCGUUGAGAAAGUAGUUGAAGAGCAACCGGUAGAAAUUCAUGGCGUCGUGAUACCUCCGAACAUAUCAAAGCCAAAUCCUAACGGCAUUGAGUUUGAUAAUUUAUAUUUAGAUAUGAAUGGGAUUAUUCAUCCUUGUUGUCACCCAGAUGAUAAGCCAGCACCUGCUACAGAAGAUGAGAUGAUAAUUGAGGUUUUCAAAUAUACUGAGCGAAUUAUAAAUAUGAUUCGACCACGGAAAAUCCUAUAUUUGGCUAUAGAUGGCGUGGCACCUCGUGCAAAGAUGAAUCAACAGCGUUCUCGACGUUUUAGAACUGCAAAAGAAUCUAAAGAAAAACUUGAAGAGGAAACAAGAACACUAUCUGAACUUGAAGCUGCUGGAAAAAUUCACACUACAGUGGAAAUAAAAAAAGAAUGGGAUAGUAAUUGUAUUACUCCAGGAACUCCAUUUAUGGCACAUCUUGCUACAUGUUUACGGUAUUGGUUAGCACACAAGUUGAAUACAGAUCCUGGCUGGAAAAAUUUAAAAGCUAUUUUAUCUGAUGCUAAUGUACCUGGUGAAGGUGAACAUAAAAUAAUGGAGUUUAUCCGUUCACAACGUGCCAGUCCCGAUCACGACCCCAAUACUUGUCAUGUUAUUUAUGGUUUGGAUGCGGAUUUGAUCAUGUUGUCAUUAGGCACGCAUGAACCUCAUUUUAAAGUGUUACGUGAAGAUGUUUUCUUCAAAGAAGGACUCAUCAAAGGGUGUUUUAUUUGUGGUCAAACAGGACAUCAGGCUACUCAAUGUACAGGGAAAGCCAAAGAAAAACAAGGCGAUUUUGAUGAGAAGUCUAAAUCCACCGACCCCAAACCAUAUGUUUUCUUAGAUGUUCAAAUUCUCCGAGAAUAUUUGGAGAUAGAGCUUGAAGUACCAUUACUUCCUUUCAGACCUGAUUUUGAGAGGUCUAUAGACGACUGGGUGUUCUUAUGUUUCUUUGUUGGCAAUGAUUUCCUUCCGCAUUUACCUUCGUUAGAGAUUAGGGAAGGAGCUAUUGAUACGUUGACUUCGAUCUGGAAAAAAGUGCUUCCGGAAAUGGGCGGUUAUUUGACGAAGAAUGGAGAAGUAAAUUUAGAAAGAGCCCAGGUCCUUAUUACCCAACUCGGAUAUAGAGAAGAUCAGAUAUUCCGUGAUAGGCAUGAGAGAGAAGAAAGGCGUGAACACGCCAAUAAGAGGCGAAAACUUCAAGAAGCGGUCGCCAAAAAUAUUGAUGCACCUCCUGAAGUGGUUCAUUCUACUAAAAAGAUAUCCUUUGAAUAUUCAAAAGUGAUCGACUUAUUAUUUAUCACACGAUUAUAUAAUUUAUAUUUUUUAUAA